AAGCCUGGGGAACUUAUUUCUUUCCUUCCUCUGUAACCUAACCACCUGCACUCUCCUUGUAAUGUCAGGCCUUAACAUAACACUGGGUUAUUUCAUCAGUGUGGUGGUAGUAAGUGGAUUUGCCAAAGCUCUGCUGACACAAUGGAGGCCACGAUGGAAUUUCCUGUCUGAGUUUAUUGCAGCUUUUGCGCUUGCAGCAUGUCGGCUGGAAGUGCAAACCAUUUCUGAGAUUGGUCAGUGGGCUGGAGGCCUGGGCCAGGACGUUACCCUCACCAUGCUUUUCCUUGCCUUAACUGUCCAUGGAGUCAUCAUGCAAGGAGUCACCGGAAAUCCUUCAGUAACUGUAAUGGGGUACUUACAAAAAGAGACAGGAGCAGUAUCCUCUUCUCUUAGCAUAGCAGGUCAGUUCGGAGGUGCCCAGCUUGCCCUGCUUUUUGCCGGGUGGUAUUGGACAAUGGAACUCACAGACAUGCAUAUGAUCAAGGUUAUGAUGAUGACUCAGUGCAGUUCAUCACUGAAUGUGUCCCUGACACAGGGGACCAUCACAGAAGUUGUAAGUGCACUGUUAUUUCACCUGGUGGACCUCAGCCUUCGCCGUAGAUCAAAACUGCUCCGGAUUCCCAUCCUGGCCCUGCUGCUCACCUUCCUUUAUUACACAGGAAACACAUACACCUCUGCAUAUGUGAACCCAUCACUUGCUUAUGCGCUUACAUUCAAUUGCCCUGGACACACCUUCUGGGAAUAUGCUGUAGUCUACUGGCUAGGGCCCCUCAUUGGCAUGACCCUGGCCUUGCUUCUCUACAUGGGUAACAUCCCUUUGCUUUUCACCAAGAACCUGCUUUUCUCAAAAAAGGCACACCUUCGCCUUCCAAAAAGAAAAACAUCAGAAGAGAAAAGUUCAUGAGACGAUGUGCAUCAACUUUAAAAUAUAUACAUUUACUUUAAAAUAUCAUUAAAUAUUUCCACCUUAGUGCAGAAUUCUGAUAUGCCAAGGUCACAUGCUAAGCUGAUGGCUGUAUAAUGUUUAUUUACAAGGGGGGAAAGGGAUCACCAGGAAAGAAAAACAAGCAGUUUUAUACAUUUUGCAAGAAUAAAAUAUGCAUGUGCCAUCUCA